AGUUACCUAUUACUCAUAGUAACCCUUUAUGAAUGAUUUGCAAAGUAAAGUUUUUCUCCGCUUGACUUAUGGUAAAACUGGCCGAGCUCGAGCAUCUCAAAAGUCUACUUACUGUCUUACACUUACCUACUCUAAUAAAGUUCUCCAUUACCCGUAACCCGGCAUAUCAUCAAUCCACCCUGGAAUCCUGUUAAAUUUCAAAUACUGGAGUACAAAUCAAUCCCACAUACACAUAGACCUAUGAAAUUAUUCUAGACUUCUUUAAUUUCUUGUCUUUAAUUCACUAGGCAUUUUGACUAACUUGUUCAGUAUCCUCCUGUUAUUGAUUCUCUUCUAUUUUGCGCAUCAUUACUCCCUGACUAAAUUGAAAAUCCCAUUUGGUGGCACUGUUCCUUGAUCUCUUCCAUUCAAGCUCCGUCUAAGGAAGAAAAUCAACCCAGCCAGCCUCACAACCUCCACAUCUCUACCCUGAUUGUACCUGUACGAAAUAUUCAGCAAUUGACCGUCAAUUUCUCAUUUCCUUCUUAAAAGUCUAGGUUUACGUAUACUACCGAUAUCGAGUCUGCCCUUCCAUUUCGAAGCAUUCUUCUUCGGAUUCGCAUGCGCGGGUGGGUUUAAGGUGUGCGUUGAGCUUCAAGCCUGUUGGGUGCAUAGUGUAGCUACUCCUCCUAGAGAUGUCUGCCGUAUGUUGUAUCCUCUUGAUCUUGCCCAAUACCUAGUACAAAUGCUGAUUCUUCUUUUGUUACAGUCUAGGAAUGACAUUCUCUCGCCCAAAUAUGGCCCCAAAGUUCUGCAAAUCAGAGAGCUUAUCGCACAACCUGUGGUAGCAGCAUUCUGCGCCGGUGGAGUGGCAGGUGCUGUAUCUAGAACAGUUGUGUCGCCCCUUGAACGACUCAAGAUUCUCUUUCAAAUACAAAGUGUAGGACGAGAAGAAUACAAGAUGUCCGUAGGAAAGGGGCUUAUGAAGAUGUGGAAAGAGGAAGGUUGGCGCGGACUUAUGAGGGGUAAUGGAACCAAUUGCAUUCGAAUAGUCCCCUAUUCCGCCGUCCAGUUUGGAAGUUAUAAUUUCUACAAAAAGGUAAGAGCCUAAGGAUUACUCGACCUUUUACUGUUUCUCUAGCAGUUGGACUUUUCGAGUAUUUCUAAAGCAGAAAGGACAUUUGUAUGAAAAGCAAAUUACUGAUUGCCUGCGCUUUUACAGUUCUUUGAGACCUCUCCAGGUGCAGACUUAAAUUCUUUUAGACGCCUCAUUUGCGGCGGGGCUGCUGGAAUUACCUCCGUGUUCUUUACAUAUCCUCUAGACAUUGUGCGCACCAGAUUAUCUAUUCAAUCUGCGUCUUUCGCGGCUUUGGGUCAACACAGUACUAAGCUACCAGGCAUGUUUGCUACGUUGAAGACGAUGUAUAAGACGGAAGGGGGCAUUCUUGCGUUAUAUAGAGGGAUUAUACCCACUGUCGCCGGCGUUGCGCCGUAUGUAAGUGUGAACCUUUUGGUUGUUUGGUUAUUGAGAUUGCAAUGCUAACUAAGCGAUAAGGUUGGCCUAAACUUCAUGACUUAUGAGCUUGUAAGAAAGCAUUUUACCCCGGAAGGAGACAAGAAUCCCAAUGCAGGACGGAAGCUAGCAGCUGGAGCUAUAUCCGGCGCAGUAGCACAAACAUGCACAUAUCCAUUGUGAGUGUUUUCAUUAAUGUCUGCCGGAUUUAAAAUUAACGCUGUUUAGUGAUGUUCUUCGACGUCGUUUCCAGAUUAACACCAUGUCUGGUAUAGGAUACCAGUACAAAUCAAUUUUCCAUGCUGUCCGAAGUAUUAUUGCACAAGAAGGUUUAGUCGGCAUGUACAAAGGGAUUGUACCCAAUUUGCUCAAGGUUGCCCCGAGUAUGGCGAGUAGUUGGCUCAGUUUCGAGAUGACCAGGGAUUUCCUACUGACAUUGAGAGCCGAGGAAGCCGAUUUGUGAGCUUCGGGAAAGCCGCCUGGUCAUUCUCAAAAUUAGGGUGGGUUUUGGAUGGGCGUAUUAAAGGUCAGGCUUUGUAUAUGAAGACGGCGCGGACCAGGGUCAGUGGAUUGCAUUUGGUUAGGCAUCUGGGUAGGCAUAUGGGAGCGGCGUUAUUUUGUAAAAAGACACAGACAAGAUUCUUCAGACCAAGUCCUAUCAAUCGACGAUAAUAGGAGAAUAGAUGUGCUAGGAAAUCGGGGCGAGUUUACGAUAAUAAUCGGAAAAUUCGAAGGUGUAUGAACAUAAAAGUUGUGGCAGAUAGUUUCAAGGUAUCUCUACCUCAUUGGAUUGAGGUGAUUACAAUAGCUAUAUUGAAAAUUUUGAAUAUAUAGGUAUUGAUCCAUUUAAUCGAGUAGCUAUAGACAU